ACUUAUAAUUCCAAAUUAAGGAUAUGACAACCUUUUAAUGGCCUUCUUUUACUUAAAUGGUCCCCAUACUUUAAAAAUGCUGAAAGAUGCAGUGCUGCAGUAAAAGUUGCCCUUAUUACUUUGUAUGUAAACUAACAAAGCAGUUCAGCAGUCAUAUAAAAUUUCUAUGUAAAAAUCUAUCAACUUCAAGCAGACUUGAGAAUCAACAGUUGAAAGCUAAUAAACUGCCUCAUCAGCCAGAAAAUAUUGUCCAUAAAAAACUUACACUUCCUGUUAAAUUUAAGUCAACAGAUCCACAUAAAGUAGAAGAUAUUGCUGUUCAAUUAAAUGUACAGACCAUAUCAAGACAUGAUGCCUCACCAAGUGAUCCGGUAGUUUUAGCUUUACAUGGAAUGCCAGGUGAUGGUGGUGACUUCCACAACCUGUCGUUACAGUUAGCUCAACAUGGCAUCAACUGUAUUGCACCAGAUUUUCCAGGUUGUGGUGAAAGUAGGCUACCAGCCAAUGAAGUGUAUAGUAUUGAUUAUAGUCCCACAGGAAAAGCAGAUAUGCUUAAUAGGAUUUUGGAUGAAUUAAAACUUGAAAGAGUAGACGUUCUGAUCUCCCACAGUGCUGGAUCAUUUCUUGGAUUUAGAGCUGCAGCUGAAAAUGAUAGAAUUAAAUCUGCAGUCUUCCUAAACUUUUUAGGAGGUAAACCACACAGAUAUGCCAGACCACACAAUGUUAUACAGUUCUUUGCAAGACUUAUGAAGAAUCCCAGAUUACAGUCUUUUCAUACACCUCUGUUGCCAAAGUUUUAUGAAUUAAUUGGUUUUGCCAGGUAUGAUGUUCAACCAUUACAAGUUGCUAUUGAAAAUGUUGCAACAGCUGAGUUUGAGAAGAUAUUGGAUCAUGUUGAAACAAUUAAAAACAAGAAAAAGCCAGCCAUGUUUUGCUUUGCAACAACAGAUAAAUUAGUUGAACUUGACAUUCCAUACACCAUUCUAAAUCAUGUCGGCAUAAAAGAAUCUGACAUCAUAAAUCUAUGUAGAGAAAACAAUAUUAAAGAACCAUCAAGGGAAAUAACUGAGGAAACUGACAAAACACUCAAAGAAUGGUACUACAAAGCUGUACAGUUUGAUAGAGGUGGACAUUUGUUACAAAAGACGCAGAUUCCAGAAUUGACAAAACAUAUAAUAGAUUUACUCAAAUAUGUGCAUAGAUAAUGUUUGUAAAAUAGAUACAAAUCUUUAGGACAUGAGUUAUAGAAUUUAAUUUGAAUUUUUAGAAUUAAGGUCAAGUGGUACUCAACACUUUCACUAAAAUUAAUUUGGCUCGUUUAAUUUUCAUAACAUUUUGACAAUGUAUUUACUUUGACCCUUUGACAAAAAUGUAAAAAAAUCAAAAAAUUUUAACCAACUGUUUUGUCAGAAAAAUUACACUGGUUAUACAGCAGUUUGACAAACAGCUAUUUUGAUCUGACAUUAA